CCUAACCACGACGUAUUUUUCAAGUAUGGAUAAUAAGAAAAACAAAGCUUCCAAGAAGGGAACAAGAAGAACUGUGUUUGGUAUAAAACUGCCACCUAUAGAACCGUGUGACGACAAUGAAGUUAUUAAAACUACUUUAGAUAUAGACCCAGCCUUCUAUUCAAUGAUCGAUGGACGACCCAUUAGACCGAAUACUUCACUCAACGCCUACAAGCAAAAUAUAAGGGAUAUAGCGGUCAAAAGAACACUCCACGGCUUUGUCACAGAUGAAAUCAUUAGAAUCGACCGUGAAAUUGAGUCUGAGAGAUACAUAUACGAAAAAGCAUUGGCGCAUUUUGAAGAUUACAAGAACAGUUUCGAUAAAUUUUUAGCUGACGACAACAAUAAAACAAUAGCCGUUAUGACAAAAUCGGACACCAUGACUAAGGACCUGACAAACUUGACUGAAGAUCAGAAGCAAGUGAGUUACGAGCUAGCUUCCAUAAAGUCUAAGUUACAGUAUGUGGAUCAGAACUUUAUGAUACUGUUAUCAUUUGAGAAUUUUCUGCAUAAAGCAUCCCCAAUUUUGUGGCAAGAUAGCCAUAACAUAACAUUAGAACUAAAACACGAAGAGAUUUUAACAAUCAACAAUGAUAUUCUUCUGGAAAUAGAUAAGGCGCUAAUAAUUAAAAAACUCAACAAAUUUCCUCCACCUCGUUUAUAUUUUGAAACUCCGGAACAGCUUCUCAUUAUAUUUCAAUUACUUGAAAAACAAAAUCUUAAUUACUUACUGGUGACAGAGGAACUGAGCGUACAAAAAAAUAAGUUUAUAAAAGCACUUGAUGGUAUUAAAACUCUGCUUCGACAAGAACUUAAUUUUAUUCAACAAAAGAUAAACGAGAGUGAGGAUAUAAUAAAAUGGAAUGAAAUGAGAGAAGUUGAACUAAAGGAAAUAUUCUUCCGAAUAUUAGAAGAGAAAAUAAAAUAUCUUGUUUCUUCUGAAACAGCUUUAAAAAUCUACAACUACGUAGAAUAUGCAUAUGAGCAACUCAUUGCACCCAAUGACACUGACUUGAGUACUUUAGAUAUGACAAAGGCGCUUGAGGCUGAGUAUAACAAUCUUAUGUUAGAUCUCUCAGUAUUCGAUCUUGAUGAACUGAAGAAGAUUGAGAAAGAAACAUACGAACAGGAAGCAGAGGCAUUACAUAAAGCUAAAAUUGCAAGUAAACUGUUGAAAGACGUUGAUAAACUAAGCAAACGCAUGAAUUCGUCGUAUCAACCUGCCAGUAAGGAAUGAAAAAAAAAAUACAUCUCGAAGUCUGCAUAAUAAUAUAUUCACAUAACAUAAUUUAUGCUUUAAAUUUAAUAUUAAAAAUUUAAAACUAAAAUAGUAUAACCGUGCCAUUGCACUUAAUACUUAAGAAUAAAAUGUCAACAUUUGGCUAAAUUACUUUGUUAAGAAAGAGUGACCUCUUCUGGCACAGGUGCUUAUGUACUUAAAAGAAGGGGUUAAACUUAGUUUAAAUUUACUGAUCAACUUUUUGGCAAAUGAAUAAACGUUUUUGUAUUUGUAUUUUGUAUUUGUAUAGUCAACAUUCUCUUGUUUAUUUUUGUAUUGGUAUACCUAUACACGCCCUCUAUUUUUUUAACUUUGUUUCCGUAAUAGUAAUAUAGUCAUAUAUAAGGUUGUCUGUAAGAGAUCCUUCCUAACGAUAAGGUCGCCUGUUGUGCAUGUGCAUUGUUUCUAGUUUAUGACUAUGUUUUUGUAUGUCUGGAGCAUGGAAGUAAUAAGUACCUAUACCUACUUACGUAAGUACUUAUUACUUUCAUGGUCUGGAGUUCUACCUAUUAUUAAAUUUUUACCUUAGAAUAAUAAAGACCUCGGCUGUUGCUGUGCUUCAAUCAG